AUGAAUACCUCGGUUCUCGCCCCGCUGGGAAAUAUUUCCGGUCACCUGAAUUUUUCGGAGAUGAACUCGCAGAUCUUGCAGUUUGAGGACGAAGAUUGCCACGUGCCUUUGGCCAUGGUCUUCACUUUGGCCUUGGCAUAUGGGACUGUGAUAAUUCUGGGAGUCUCUGGAAAUCUGGCCUUGAUCGUCAUUAUUUUAAAACAAAAGGAGAUGCGCAAUGUUACCAACAUCCUCAUUGUUAACCUGUCGUUUUCUGAUCUCCUAGUGACCAUCAUGUGUCUUCCCUUUACCUUUGUGUACACUCUAAUGGACCACUGGAUUUUUGGGGAGGCCAUGUGCAAGCUGAACCCUUUUGUGCAAUGCGCCUCCAUCACCGUCUCAGUCUUUUCUCUAGUCCUCAUUGCCAUUGAGCGCCAUCAGCUGAUCAUCAAUCCCCGCGGCUGGAGGCCGAACAACAGACAUGCCUACAUGGGGAUUGCUGCCAUAUGGAUUUUAGCCACAGCUUCCUCUUUGCCUUUCCUGAUCUACCACGUAUUAACAGAUGAGCCCUUCAGAAAUGUAACCUUUGAUGAAUAUAAGGACAAAUAUGUGUGCUUGGACCUCUUCCCCUUGGACACUGCCAGGCUGUCUUAUACCACAACGCUUUUGGUGAUUCAGUACUUUGGACCACUUUGUUUUAUAUUUAUUUGCUACCUGAAGAUAUACAUACGGUUAAAAAAAAGGAACAACAUGAUGGACAAGAUGAGAGACAGUAAGUACAGAUCCUCUGAAACCAAAAGGAUCAACAUCAUGCUGAUAUCAAUAGUGGUCGCAUUUGCAGUUUGCUGGCUGCCUCUUACCAUCUUCAAUAUCGUGUUUGAUUGGAAUCAUGAAAUUCUGCCUGUUGCUACCUGCAGCCACAACCUGUUGUUCCUGAUUUGCCACCUCACUGCCAUGAUCUCCACCUGUGUGAAUCCCAUCUUCUACGGGUUUCUCAAUAAGAACUUCCAGAGGGACCUGCAGUUUUUUUUUCAUUUUUGUCAUUUCCACUCCCGUGAGGAGGAUUAUGAGACUAUAGCCAUGUCCACCAUGCACACAGAUGUUUCAAAAACUUCUUUAAAGCAGGCGAGCCCCGUCACAUUUAAAAAAAUAAAUAGCGAUGAUGAUGAAAAAAUAUAA